CUUCGAAAUUUCCCACGAACUUCGCGACCAAGCAUCCAAUUCCAUUCCUAUAUAUAAAUGGCAACGUAGCUCCUCCUCUUCCUCCACGCCCAAAUUUGACCCUAAAGGAAAACCUAAAAUCCCUAAUUCAAUUUCUUCAUCUUCUUCUUCCAAUCUCAGUUUCGAGAUCUCAAUCCGAGUCCCCCGAUCCUUUGAAAAUCCCUUUCCAUGGCUUACCGCACACUCGAGCUAACCCUGAUUUCCGCCAAGGAUCUGAGGGAAGUCAACGUUUUCUCCAAGAUGACCGUCUACGCGUUGGCGACAAUCGCCGGCGAUCGCCGCACACAGCAGCGAACUCCGGCUGACCAUAACGGCGGAAAGAAUCCUUCGUGGAAUACGACUCUACGAUUCCCUGUGCCUGCCGAUCCAGCCGCGAGUAACAAUCUCGUCGUCCAUGUUCUCCUCCGAUGCGAGCGAACGCUUGGAGAUCGUGAUGUCGGCGAGGUUCAUAUCCCUGUUAAAGAGCUUCUUGAUGGGAUCAAGGAAGGAUCCAAGUUCGUCAGCUAUCAGGUACGCAAGCCCGGUUCUGGUAAGGCAAAGGGCGUUCUCAAUCUCUCCUAUAAAUUCGUGGAUCUUCCCGUAACCAGCGCGCCAGCUCCGGCAGCGAAGCCCGCCGAGGGGUUUUCUGCUUAUCCGCCUUCUGCCCCGCCGAGGGAGGGCGACCCGGUGAUGGCUUAUCCCGCGGCCGGCGCGAGCGGAUCGGCAUAUCCGCCGUCGUAUCCGCCGGCUGGUGGAUACCCGCCGCAUCAACCGCAUGGAAAUUAUGCGCCAUACCCGCCGCCCCCGCAGGGCAAUUACGGGUACGGCGCGCCACCGCAGGCUGGAUAUGGCUACGGCGCUCCGCAGGGGUAUGGUUACGGUGCGCCUCCGCAGCAAGGGUAUGGUUACGGAGCGGCUCCGCCGAGGAAAAACAAGAACAAUAUGGCUUUAGGGCUGGGCGCGGGAUUGCUCGGCGGUUUGUUGGUGGGCGAUAUGAUUUCAGACGUGGGGGAUUACGACGCAGGCUACGACGCAGGAUUCGAUGAUGGGUUUGGAUUUUAGAAGGCUGAUUUGAAAGUUGGUUGUUUUGGUGAGCAAUUUGACUGAAAGAACUAUAUAUUGCUAUAGUCUGUUUUAUAUCUGGUUUGAGAACAAAGAUGUAGGUGUAAGUAUUACUUAUAUAUGAUUUCUAGUUGCGUGUCUAA